CUUAUUAAGUUUACCUAUUUUAUUUUUUAUAAAGAAUUAAGUAUUAUAAAAAACUUAAUAUACGUAUUUACUAAAGUUAUAUUUUUAAACUACGGUUUAUUAAAAAAAAUCAUUUUUAAUAAAAAUAAGCUAUUUAUUUUAAAGUUUUAA